UCUUCAGCUGAUGGAUCUCCUGUGACUACCCCAAGUUCUACUCCUUUGACUGGUGGCCAUGCACCAAAAUAUGGAACCAUAAUACCAAGUCGAAUUUUUGUCGGUGGGAUUGCCGCAAACACUACAGAUGCAGAGCUGAAACAAUAUUUUUCUGCGUUUGGUGCUGUGAAGGACACAAAAAUCAUAACAGAUCGAGCUGGAGUAUCAAAAGGAUAUGGCUUUGUCACCUUUGAAAGUCAAGAAGAUGCUGACAGAAUCAUAAAAAAAGAGUCUGACAACCUCAUAUUCAAAGACCGGAAAUUGAAUAUAGGCCCUGCAGUAAGGAAACAGGGUCUCCCUCGACCAUAUGAUGCAAGUAUACCUCCAGGUUCUGUCUUAUUCACAAAUGGUGUUCCUUACACAUAUCAGAAUGGCAUGGCUAUUUUUCAAACCCCAGAUGGCAACUACCCAAUGACUCAGCCCCAGCAGUCCUAUGCAACAGCAGCAGUAAUGAUCCCACAGAAUCAAGUGUACAUGACACCUCAGUACCCUUAUCAGCAGUCUUUGCAGAGUUCAUUACAGCCGGUCCAACCAAACCCAGGGUAUAUUUGGGCUACCAUGCCAACAGCUGCCGAUGUUGUGUACCAAACCCCGCAAACAUAUCAGGGUGCUGAGCUUGCUGAUGCUACUUUUGUAGAAGGAACUACAGUCGAGGGCAAUGUGAUUCCUGUAGAGCAGUCAUUGGCAAACCGCAUUCAUUCUCCUGUAUCUGACGUAAACACUUCUGACCAGACCACAGUGGCCACAGUACCUGUUAUUCCAGUACAAGCAGCUGCUAAAAAUGCUGUAGCUAGUUAUAAAAAGCACUAUGCUCUCACAAGAAGGUCUUUCAAUAGCCCCACUAUUCUUGUGAAGCAUGGUCAUAAAGUGCAGAGACUCAUGGUUUCUGGAACUUCACCACCAACAAUGUAUAAUGGACAGAUUCUGAAUCCAUGUAACCCGUCGGAUACAGGUGAUGGUAGCGAUACAUACAUUAGAUACACCCACCUGCCAGGGCACUCUGGUGCUACAAAAUGAAGCCUUCCCUCUUUUGAUGCAGAUUUUGCAACUAACUUUUUAAGUUAAAUGGGCUUUACUUUCUUCCUCCUGUUAUUUACUUUUGGGUUUGUGCAAAGCUGUAGUUGCACUGAAUAGAAAAUAAUCUUGAGCAAAAUCCACAGAUCUGUAGCUGUGACUUUAAAGCAGAAAGAAAGAUAAAGCCCCUUUCCUCAUCUUACUUUAGUGUGUGCAUGUGCUUUGAGAUGGAAUGGGUCAUAAUGUUGAAUAAAAGUUAUAGUAGUAACCAAA